UGAAUAAGCCAAGGAAGCAGGUGACAACUUCUGUGUAUAGGUCUGCUGGUUCACAUUACUGCAGUCUUUGUUUAAUCGUUAAAUUGAGAAGAUGAACUUGUUUAUAUAUAACACAUAAUAACUCAAAUAAUGUGGAAGCAGAAGAGAAAACGUAUUAUCGAAGAGAGAUGGAGAGGGAUACCAUGAGUAACAAAUCCCUGUGAGCUGUGACAAUAUUGGAGAAGAGGAGCUUGGGAAACUGCUGCUCUCAACCACACUAUUAUUUCUACAUUUUCUGCCAAAAUAUUCAGAAUGAACUUGGAGAUGACUGCUUCCUUGAAACAUGAGGAUUUGGUCCAAGAGUUGCGAAAUGAUAUUAUCAAAAACUUGGAGUCUGAGCUUGAUCCUGAUCAGUGUUGUAUUUACAAGGUUCCUGAGCCGAUUCGUAGCGUAAAUAAAGAAGCCUACACUCCUCACUUAAUUUCAAUAGGUCCUCUUCACCAUGGAAAACAAGAAUUUGCUAACAUGGAAAAGACAAAAAGAAGAUAUAUGAUAAGUUUUUUCCAACGAACUACAAUUGAGAAACAAGAUGAAAUUCUAAGCUUCAUCAAGGACAACGAAAAAAAAAUUCUUAGUUGUUAUGCAGAGACAUCUGUGCUUCCAGCUUGUGAAUACGUCAUGAUGAUUUUGUAUGAUGCUAUCUUCAUCAUAGAACUCUUCUUAAGGAAUAUAGUCACUCCAAGUGAUUCAUUGCAAUCUUUAUAUGUUCUCGGCUCAGACUUUCAAUUACUUGAGAACCAACUUCCAUACUUUGUCCUUGAGGGAAUAUUUGUGUUAGCUUAUGUUGACUCUUGGGAAUACAAAGGCACCUUCAUGCAACUUUCUUGUACUUUCUUCAGUCAAUUUACGAAUAUGAAAUUGAUUACUUCCCAGUCGCCAGUUAAACAUUUCACGGAUUGGAAAAGAAAUUCUCUAUUGGAAAACUGGCGAACAUCAGGUCAAGCCACCACAUUUAUUACAGAUUUACCAUGUGCAACGAAACUGCAUGAGUCAGGAGUGAAGUUUAAGAAAAUUGAAGGAGAAGACAUGUUAAUAAGAUUUGAAAAGCAAUUACAUGAGUUGCACCUCCCAUAUUUAUAUAUAGACGAUGAUACGGAACGUGUACUGAGAAAUGUUCUAGCUUUGGAGCAAUGCCAUUACCCAUGGAAUACUCAUGUUUGCGAUUUUCUAAAGCUAAUGGAUUUCCUAAUCGAUUAUGAGAAAGAUGUGGAUUUGCUUGCCGAACAUGGAAUUAUUUCCUGCUUUGCGAGGGACAAUGCUUCUAUAGCGGAUAUGAUCAACAAACACUGCCAAUAUAUCGUUUUCGGCCCAAGUCCUUACCAUGGAAUGUGCGAGGAGCUCAAAGAACACUGUAACAGUCGUUGGAACAAAACAAUGGCAACUUUAAGAAGAGUUUAUUUCAGCAAUUUGUGGAGAGGCACAGGAACUAUUGCGGCAGUUACACUUCUACUGCUCACUGCCAUACAGACCAUAUGUUCUGUCUUUCAAGUUGUGUGA